AUGCGUUCGAUUACACUGUUUGCGCUGACCAUUUCUCUGCUGUAUGCGGCACAGCGGGGUAACGGUUUGAUGAAGGUAAUUGUUGAUUUUGACCGCUGGGAACACAUUAACGGAUCGGACAUAUUUAACGUCGAUGCGCUGCGCGUUCGUAAGUACAACCGUACACUGUCCGUGCUCAAUGGUACAGGCAUAGUGCUGGUCGAUCUCGGUGAUCAAUACGAGUAUGGACUCAGCUUUGCCCGUAGUGCCCAGGGAAACAACCAGUACGAUGCGUACCCGAUGAAGCUGGCAUCGCGCCCGUUCUGCGAGUUCAUCAAGACACACUAUCGCGACUACCAGCACAUGUUCCUGAACUUUACCAAUCUUCCGUUCGUUCCGGCCGAGGGUUUGUGUCCGUUUCCGAAAGGCGAAUAUUGGGUGAAGGAUGCGUACAUCGACUCGUCCGUCAUACCAGUCGUCGUACCGGAGGGUUUCUGGCGUGCCACUACGGAGCUGCGCAUUAUCGGAACGGGGGAAAUCGUGGCACGUGGUGCGAUGUACGUAAAGUUAACCAAGGAAUUGAUUUAAA